AUGUAUUGUGCAUAUCUGCUAUCAGGCUGGCGUGCGAUUGUGACCAAGAAUCAUUUUCGCGGGUAUGUAAAGCCACUUGUUUGUAUGGUCCAAGUCUUUUUGGCCUUUGCCAUUUGGUUGACUGCACAAAAGACUAUUGUACUAUACAUCCCCCAGGAAUUGCUGGAGGCUGGUGAUGGGCCUGUGGCUCUCAUUUUUGUUCCCACCCGCGAGCUGGCCUUAGACACAAAAGCGCAAUGCGACCUCUAUGGCUGGCACUGCACCAUUGUUGGCGGGACUCCUCCUCGCCAGCAGAGGGAGUGGCUCGAGGACAAGAAUGACAUUGUGGUGGCAACACCACAGCGAUUUAUGAAUGCCUUGGGCGAUGGUUGUGUUAUGCUCAACAGGGCCACCUAUGUGAUCAUCGAUGAAGCAGACGAGAUGCUCAAGAAGGAGUUCGAUGAUCAGAUCAAGCUCAUUCUGUCACAAGUGCGAAAGGAGCGCCAAGUUCUGAUGUUCACGGCCACUUGGCCAGAAGAGGUCAAAUUAUUUGCUCAGGAGAUUUGCACAUCCAGUGAGGGAAUGCCGCCAGUGGUUGUGCGCAUUGGUGGCAGCCUACUUGCAGCCUGCAAGUUCAUUGAACAACACACCCAGAUCGUGGAUGGAGAAGAGGACAAAUACGAAAAGCUAAAGGAGAAGUUGCAAUCUCCAGAAGCAUUCAAAGACGAUAGCAAGGCUAUCAUCUUUUGCAGGACUCGCGAUGGAGUGCAACGCUUGUUCGAUCGGCUGAAGGAAGAGUAUUUUCUUUGGAAUGACAACGACUCCAUGGUUGCCUGCCUGCACGGCGGACUGUGGCAACAUGAGCGGGAUUCCGCUAUGAAACGAUUUCGGAGUGGUGAAGUCCCCUGCGUUGUUUCCACAGGGGUUUUGGCUCGCGACAUCCCAAAGGUGCGCUUUGUCUUCAACUAUGAUCUUCCCAGUGCGCCUGAAGAGUAUAUCCACCGAAUAGGGCGAACUAGUGGUGGAGCCAAAGGCUACGCGAUGAGCUUCAUUGACAAGUCAAGUUGGCAAGAGAUGAAGUCCUAG